AUGUCCCAGAAAGCCUUUCCUGCCAAAACCUGCUUUUCGUGGUGGACUACGACGGCUGGCAUAUCGUCCACCUAUCUAAACCUUAUUGACUCAAUACAUAAAAUUAUUAAAGAUACGCAUCUUUCGCUCGCGCAAAUUUCGCUUACUCAAUGCUAUACCACUGAUUUCAAUGCAAUGGCAUCAAACUCAGGAGCACACCAGGAAUUCGGGGAAGGUCCUCGCCUACAGGAUAAUGCUGUCUAUCAGGACGACAGUGCGCUGAAUAUAUAUGCUUCCGCUUGGGAGCGUCGAGCCAGGGCAGCACGGAAAGACGCUGAUGCAGCAGAGGCACAAGAACAGUGGGAGGACUGGGAUUACUAUGUCGAUCUUGCCGAUCUAUGUGAAGGGAUGGCCUGGAAAGCUCGCUGUCAGAUGGAAACUCAGGGUGUCAUCUGA